AUUCCUCCGUGAAUCGGUCACACAGCGAUUCCUCUUAAUGACUUUGGAUGUUUCCUGUUUGUUUGGUUUCCGACGAAGUAACUUAAAGAGCAUAAAGUCAAAGCUACAGCGAUUAUGAAGACGUUUCACCAACUGGCAGCGUUUCGGGUUACAGUAAACAAACGCACUCUUCGUAAAGUCGACUCGCGCUGCAUUCUGGGUAAUGUAGGCCCUGGUCACCAGACGCAGGCACACAAACACUCCUGAUGUGAAGCCGGUCGAACAACAUUCUUUAACCGAGACUGGAAAUGUGUUCGUGUUGAUGCAAAGUGAAGAGAGCAGGAAGUCAAACUCCUUUUUCUCCUCGGACGGACAGGAACCGGAGCAGCGAUGGCUGACGUGACCGAAGUGAUAACACGGUGUGACUUCACGACACGUUCCCUCCACAGAGCACGUGAGCGUGGUCUUCAAGGUGUACUGCCUGACGGUGAUGACGGUGGUGGCGGCGACGUACACGGUGGCCCUGCGGUACACCAGGAUCAGCGCGUCGGAGCUGUACUUCUCCACGACCGCAGUGUGCCUCACCGAGGUCGUUAAAUUAAUACUGAGUCUGGGGAUGCUGUCAAAAGAAACAGGAAGUCCCGUCAGACUGAAGAACGCUUUAGUGGAACAUGUAUUAUGCAGCCCAAAAGAACUGCUGAAGCUGAGCGUGCCCUCCGUCGUGUAUGCGGUUCAGAAUAACAUGGCCUUUCUGGCCUUGAGUAAUCUUGAUGCACCAGUUUAUCAGUUGACCUAUCAGCUGAAGAUCCCGUGCACUGCCUUGUGUACCGUCCUCAUGCUGAACCGCUCUCUCAGCCGGCUGCAGUGGUUCUCUGUCUUCAUGCUCUGUGGGGGCGUAACACUCGUCCAAUGGAAGGCUGCGGAGGCCACUAAGGUUCAGAUCGAGCAAAAUCCUUUCGUUGGGUUCGUCGCCAUCGCUAUUGCUGUCAUUUGUUCCGGGUUUGCAGGUGUGUACUUUGAGAAGGUAUUGAAGAGCUCAGACACGUCUCUGUGGGUGAGAAACAUCCAGAUGUACCUGUCCGGUAUUGUGGUCACACUGAUCGGUGUUUUCAUAGCCGAUGGCAAGGAGGUCCUGGAGAAAGGUUUCUUGUUCGGCUACACGCCCUGGGUGUGCUUCGUAGUAUUCUUGGCCAGUGUGGGCGGUCUUUACACGUCGGUGGUCGUGAAGUACACAGACAACAUCAUGAAAGGCUUCUCCGCUGCAGCCGCCAUCAUUCUCUCAACAGUGGCGUCUGUCGUCAUGUUUGGACUACAGAUAACGGUCUCAUUUGCCUCUGGAGCACUCCUGGUGUGUGUUUCCAUCUACCUGUACGGACUUCCAAAGCAAGACACAUCGAAGCUGAGCCGGGAAGAUACAGACAGGGAAUCCAAACGGAGGCUGAUCACUGUGUGAGCCGCCGACCUGCAGCAGAGUCUCUCUCGCUGGUCGACCCGUCUGUGUUGUGGGUGGGUCACUUUUUCUAGCCACCUAGAAGAGCUCCUGCCCCUUGGGAGCCAAAUGAACACUCGGUUGAGUCGUCUUUGUUUUCACUUCAGCGUAUCGACGACAACUUCUGAUCCAUUUCAAUCUAGAUACGAGCAAUUUUUCAGUCGAUAAGAAAAGAAAACACAUUUGAUUUUAUACAGUUCUUUAUAGAUGUUUAAAGUUUGUAAAUGUUACGAUGCAAUCUUGCCAUGCUGGAGCAACAAGCAGUAACAGGACUUUGUUACUCUUUCGAUGCCUCCAUAUAUCCGUUCUAAGGGGAGUAUGUAUGAAUAUCACAACUUCUUAUCGUGUAGUUUGUUUUUUCAAUAUUUAGUCUGUUUUACACUGUGAAAUGUUAUUGUCCUACGUUCAUAUCAUCGUGUGAAUUCUGAAUGCAGAACAUACUGAGAAGGAUCAAAAUGUGAUUGAGUUUAUAUCUCCAGUGUCAUGAAUCCUUUGGAUCGCAUCUGUCGCCUUCAGUUUUAAAAGUCACUCGCAAAGCUUUCAUUAAAACCGACUGUAAACGUGGUAAAAGCAACAUGAGCAUUUAACAUGUACGACAUGUUACAUGAUUGUUCCGCACUGUAAGAAAAAUCAGAUUCCCGUUGUACUCGUGUAACCUGUAAACUGGCUUUGAUGCGUGAGUGGGAAAUACCUGAGACAAUAGAAGGGAAUGCUCCUGCGACUUCAAUUGAGGAAGAUGGUAUUUUACUUUGAAAUUGUAUUCAAAGUAACAAAUAAAUUAAAGCAGUUGGUACCUACA